UUGAUGUUUUGUGCGCGUCGCCUGGAAAAUGUGAAUGUAAAGAUGGCCAAACUAGUGAAUUUACCACAUAUGCCAAACCAAAUAGAUUUGAAGGGUUGGUUUAUUGGACAGUCCCAGACGUUACGUGCUCUGAUUAUAAAAAAGGACAGGUUGAUCCACCUGGUGCCAGCUCUCCAGCGAAUUUCUCGCUGGGCAAGCACGUGAUUACCUAUCCUUACUCGUACCAACGCAACGGCACGAUUGUUGAAUUCAAAUGUUUUGUUAAUUUGAAUAUCGUCCGCUGUCAGUGUCCCUGCCUGCAAACAAUUUACUCACAAAUUGUAUUUCCGGGUCCGACAGAAACCUUGGUAAGUUGGUCAGAACCCAAACCCAGUAAGUGCCCAACGACACCAAGUUUAUCUAAUCCGAACUCAACUAGUGGAUGGUUCUCUGUCGGUAAUCACACGCGUUCCUACAACUACACGUACAGCGGCAAAAACCAAACAUUUAGCAUCCAAUGUCAUGUAAGAAUUGUUGUCAAAGAAUUUCAUUCAUGUAAAGAAAUACUGGAGAGUCAAAGGAAUAAUACCGCAAGUGGUGUUUACGAAAUCAGUGUUGGUUCAAACCAAGUGGAAAGCGUCUACUGUCAGAUGUCGUCAGUCUCAGGUUGUUCUGGUGGUGGGUGGACGAUGGUGAUGAAAAUUGAUGGAAGCAAGAGUACUUUCAGAUACAGUUCCGGUUACUGGUCGAACAGGGAAACUUUGAAUGACAAUGACGAUCUUAGAAUCGGAGGUUUUGACAACCGAGAAUUCAAAGGAUCAACAUAUUGGAAAACUUCAUUCAAAGAAAUUUGCGUCGCGAUGAAAUAUGGUGGUCAACUUAGAGCUUUCUCUUUCUCACAUCCAGCAUCGUCCUUGUAUGACCUGAUCGCUGACGGCAGGUAUCGUCAGACUCACGUUGGCCGCUCUCAAUGGAAACAGCUCAUUCAAGGAUCAUCUUUACAGCGUAACUGCAACAAAGAGGGAUUUAACGUCGGUGCAAGUUCGUUUGUAAGAGUUAGGUUAGGUUACAUUGCGAACAACGAAAACGAUUGCAUCACAACAGAUUCUUUUGUGGGCUUGGGUGGUGAUGGCGGUAUGUAUCCAUUUAAGUGGUGUAGGUUCUCAGUUUCUCUCAAUGCUGCUGGUAAUCUGGCUCAGUGUGCUGCUGAUAAUGGAAACAGGAACGACAAAGCAAUGGGAUACAUUUUGGUUCGUUAA